UUCUUCUUCUUCUUGAGGAGGGUGCAGGUGGGUCCAUUUCAAGCAGCAGUUCAAGCCGGCGGUGUUACAAAAGAGUGUACAGCUUCGGAGAUUCCCUUGCGGACACCGGAAACACCUUAUACGGCGCUUCCACUCUCCCUCAGGCGUCAGAGAUAAUUCCGUCAUUAAAUCUUCCAUACGGAGAAACCUACUUUCAUCACCCAACUGGAAGAUGGUCGGAUGGCCGUCUCAUCAUUGAUUUCAUUGCUGAGGAAAUGGGGAUUCCGCUGGUGAAACCAUACCUGGGAAUCAAGAGCGGUAAAAUAAAAGAUUGGAAUCCAUUAUUGGAGGGAGUGAAUUUUGCUGUUGGGGGUGCCACUGCCUUGGAUUCUAGCUUCUUUAGAGACAAGGGUAUAUUUGCUUCAACCAACUAUACCCUAAGUGUACAGUUAGAUUGGUUCAUCAACUUGCUCCCUUCUCUCUCUAACUCUUCUUCAGGGUUGAAAGAAAUUCUUGGGAGCUCUUUGUUUCUUGUGGGAGAGAUUGGUGGAAACGAUUUCAACCAUCCUCUCAGAAUACAUAAGAAUAUAAAAGAAAUCAGAAAAUAUGUGCCCCUCGUGAUUAAUGAAAUCUCUUCAGCUAUCAAUAAAUUGAUCGAGGUGGGAGCACAAACUCUGGUGGUACCAGGAAACUUUCCUAUUGGGUGCAACUUCAAGUAUUUGACAAUGUUUCAAAGUUCAAAUAAGAGUGAAUAUGAUGAAGCUGGUUGUCUAAAGUGGUUAAACAAGUUUGCUCAGUACUAUAACGACAUGCUUUAUGCCGAACUUAAUCGACUUCGACUGCUUCAUCCCACUACAACUAUCAUCUAUGCAGAUUAUUACAAUUCUGCCUUAAGAUUAUAUCGUUCUCCAACACAAUUUGGUAUUACAAACCCAAUUUCAAGUGCAUGUUGUCCGCUGACAGAUGUAAACCAUCCUACUGAUUUGCAUUGUGGCAGCCCAGGGGUCAUAGCUUGUGUUGAUCCAUCUCAAUACAUUCCUUGGGAUGGAUGGCAUCUUACUGAGGCAGCAUAUAAAUUGAUUGCCCAAGGUUUAUUCAAUGGACCAUUUACUAAUCCUAAACUUGAUCUUUCAUGCGUACAUAAUUCAGAAAUAUAGUAUGAUCUAUGUUAUCAUCCAAAGAAAUUAAUCAAAUAGAUUUCGUUGUAUUUAUUUUACUGUUUCAGUCAGUCUAAAAUCAUAAAGAUAUAUAGUUUGUUAAAAGCCUUCCACAUAUGUAUUAAGAUAAACGUGUAUUAGGGAUAUGCUCACAUUAAGAAAAGGUUCGUUA